UCUGUUAAAUACUCUCAUAAGUCAUAACCAUCAGUUCUUGAUUGAAUUUAUUUGUUUUGUUACUUUUUUUGGGUAAAUUUGAAAGAUAUCCUCUUGCGUGAAUUGCUGGUUUUUGUGUUUUCUGGAAGAGAUCAGAGUUCAAGUAUUGCAAUGGCCAAGAGUUCUUUUAAACUUGAACACCCUUUGGAGAGGAGGCAGGCAGAAUCUUCUCGCAUCAGGGAGAAGUACCCAGACAGAAUACCGGUGAUUGUCGAGAAAGCAGAAAAGGCUGAUAUCUCUGACAUUGAUAAGAAGAAGUACCUCGUCCCAGCUGAUUUGACUGUUGGCCAGUUUGUUUAUGUGGUUCGAAAGAGGAUCAAUCUCAGUGCCGAGAAGGCCAUAUUUGUCUUCGUCAAAAACAUUCUCCCUCCAACUGCUGCUCUGAUGUCUGCAAUUUAUGAGGAAAACAAGGAUGAAGAUGGAUUCCUAUACAUGACAUACAGCGGCGAAAAUACAUUUGGGUUUCUUGAGCUCGGCAAUUAAUAUUUUAAGUUUACCAUCUAAACUGUAAAUCUGCUAUUUCUUUGAUUUGAUUAUGGAUGGUUUAACUUACAGCUGACUUUUGUUUUUGUUAAUGAAUUAUUAUCCAUAAAAUGUACAGUUGACAAGUCUUGCACUCUUAACCAGUACAUCUUUCAUCUUCU